AUGCAGCCGCGGAAAAUGCUAAUUAGCAUCGCAUUUUGGGUGCUGAUGUGGAAUGCGUCUCAAGUCACUGCUUGGCAUUGGUAUGAGUCAAGCGCAAUUCAGCCGUCGCCUUCUUUUCAAGCGACUCAAAGUGGUACGUAAGUUUUUAUCUAUAGUUAUGUAUUUAACGUCUUAUUCCAAUUUACUGAGAGUGUAUCCUUAGAUUACGUGCUAGACAAGGAAGUGUACGUAAAGAAGGGACUUCGCAGAAAUCUAAAACACGCCAAACAGGCAAUUUUCGUUUUUGAAUUAAUUGAGUUAACAAUGGUUCCGCUUUCCAUUUCGCGGUUAGCCGUAUUCGAGAUUUGAUUUUUAUGCAACCCCGUAUAUGAAAGCGUAAAACGAAACCGUCCAAAUUUGUGUACGGUUUUGAAUUCUUGCGCUCCUAUUUGAACGAAGCCUAUAAUUACUACUGUCUUGUUUCAUUAGCAACGCAAGUAUAAGAGGAGUCAAAAGUAAAGUAUGCAACAAUCAGACAUGAGCACAAAUAUGAAACCUGUUUUACAAAAUUUACAAAGGAAAGCUUUUAGCUUUGUUUCUAUAAGCCGGCUUACGUGUGCACAGCUCGUGAAAACUAUUACUGCUUAUAUAGCCUGCGUUUUCAUGGGAUUUUCGCAUAUAUUGUCAGUCACCACCGUCCGGAAGAAUUCGUAUAACUGUUUGCCAUCCAUGCAUACUGGGAGUACAUGAGAUGUAACAAUGGUUACGAAUGCGUGCAUCAGUAUCAUGCACCUGAUAUGAUAUAGUUGUGAUAAAAACGGCAAUAAAUUUUUAAUUAUUUUACUAAAAAACACUGAAAGAGUAUAGGUGUAUUUUCUGAUACGACUAGACAGUGUAAAUAUAUUGUCUUCCUUUUGUAGUUUUACCAUCACAAGCUGUUUGUGCAUACUGGCAAUUCAGAUGUAAUAAUGGUCAAAGAUGUGUGGAUCGAUAUUAUCUGUGUGAUGGUUGGUCAAUAUGUUCUGAUGGUAGUGACGAGUGGUAUUGGAACUGCAGUAUGUAUCAUUAUAGCUAUCGGCCAUAGAUGUAGUUCUUUGAUAGUCAUUAAUCUAUUGUCUCUCGCAAUUGAAUUGUUUAAAAUUAGAGAAGUUUAUAAUAAAGCUGCUUGCUGGUCGUAGGGCAAGGAAAAAUCAUUGGAAUUUUUGGGUAAUUAUCGUUCACAACCAUAAUCCAAACGAAAGAUUUUAGUUGUUGAUUAUCUGUCUACAACAGAGUAUUUUAUUGAAUUUUGUGAAACUUUUGUUUAUGGUUCUUGCUUGGGAAUACAAAGCUGCCAACUUGUGCUCUCUCUAAGUGUGCUCUCAUCAAGUCUCUAAAUAUUUAAAUAAUGACUUUUUCAGGAAAUUCCCAAUUAUUAAGACCUUCUACUACUAUAAAUGUACAAGGUAAGUGAAAUAUUCCGAUCUGUGUACAUGUACCUUGGGUUUAAUUGUAUGCCUAAGAGUGCUCUUAUUGCAGACAUGGGCUUAAUUGCAUGAAAAGAGAAUUUCAGGCUAGCGUAGAGCAAAAUGUUCGAGCUUGGGUGUAUGAUGCAGAUAUUUGGAAAAAUUAAUAAGGACAAAAUUCAAGUUCUACUGCGCAGGUGCUAUAUAUAGCCUGUUUAAUUUGGCAUCUUUAUUUAAUUCAAAUACGGAUAAACUAAGGAUUCAUGUUAUAGACUUGUCGAAGUCUUGUCUCUUGACCUCUUUUAUUUUUAUUUUAUUCAGCGUCACGAACGUUUUGUCCAUAUUGGCAGUUCAGAUGUGAUAAUGGUUACGGAUGUGUGAAUGAUUAUGAGCUGUGUGACGGAUAUUGGCAUUGUUCUGAUGGCAGUGACGAGCGGUUUUGGAACUGCAGUAUGUAUAGUAUAACGUAAACUUGCACAGAAAAAUACUAACUUUCCCAUUUUAGUAGGAUAGCAGGGAAAUCUAUAUUUGACUUUCUGAAAAACGCAUGAGCAAAAGAGAAUGAAAAUCAGUACUGUGCCUGUGAUAAAAAAAAUUGACUUACAUUCACUUUAACUUUGAUUUUCUCAGCUUAGCCUUAGAGUUUAUUUUUAAAAGCAUAAGAUGGGUCGGUUUUAAGCCAUUUAGAACUCAGUGUGCUUUAUCAGAUAUAAAAGCCUCUGUCGCCUCGUCUUUUAAAUCAGAUAAAGCAUAUUACUGUUAUAAGUCAUGCACUUAUGAACUAUUUCCGUACAAAACAGAAUACAUUUUAUUAAAUAAACCAAAACUAAACUUAACCAUACAAACUUAUUAAUUAGCUACAGCAAACAGCUGCGUACAAUUCUAAACAUUUUUCUUGGACGGUCCAGUAAGUCCCAUCCCUCAUUGGGUUCAGGACAUCGGCGCUAUAACAUUCUAAAUUUGUUUCUACUGGAUAGAAUUCCAACUUUAUUUCUUCUGUUUCUUAGAAGUUCAGUUAGAGUCUAGCUUCCUUAGCUAAUUGAUUCACAGGAGGAAACCUAAACUAAAGUAACUUUAUUUAUAUUGGACAGCUCAUUAGUUAUGAAUUGUAAUUCCCUGCAUGGAGGUCCAGUAAGGAUCCAUUGCUGUUUCUACAAUUGAAAACGUGAUUGCCUAGAGAAAACCUGGAUUUUUUCCAAUCCCAGAGCAAGAAUUGGAAGUACUAGUAUACUGCACUUCUCACUUUGAAAAAUGGACACCCUGUCGUAAACUGCAGGCUCGGCAAGGAGUCUUUUUCGAGUCGCGUAACUGCGUCUUCGUUCAAAUGAAGUCGAAUUAGAAUCCAAUCAAUAUCGUCACUUUGAUAAUUUUAUCAAACAAACUAUGCAAAACGUGCAAAUGCAAAACGUUUUUUUAUUAUUUUAUAUAGGGUCCUCAAUAAUGAUAAUGCCCUACCCAACGUCAACUUUACAAGGUGAUAUAAACGUUCGCAAUAAUUAAUAUUUAAUAGACCUUAAGAUUGACGUUUAUGCCAGUCGGCUAAGCGCAAAUGGCAAACUUUAAUCGUAUUUUGAUGUCAAUUGUUAGCUGUUCGAAAUUAGAGAAAUUUGUGGAUUCAAAUUAAAGCAUAAAUUAGCUACUUAGCUGUCGAAAACUUGUGGAACUUAUCUCUAUAUAAUAAACUAUGUGGUUAAUGAAAAAAUGUUUAUUAUAUAGAUAACCGGCGAUAUUCUGUUAGACGUUAACGAGAUGAAAGAUUAUUAAUGAUUGAUAAUAAAUAGUAAAUUCUUGAUGAUUGUUGUCAGGGGCGAAACUAGCCCCUUUUAAUUAGGGGGGUGUCUGCUAGAAUUGCCCUGCGAAAGCCGAUGAUGCCCUGCAGCAAAAGGGGGGAGGUCGACGGAAAAAUUUUUUCCGGACAUUCAAAAAAAAGGGGCAAAAUAUUUUUCCGGCCAUAAACCAGUUUUUUCCGGACAUAAACCAGUGGCUUUAGACCUAAUAAACUCGCAGGACGUGUUUUAUUAGGUCUAAACGUAAUCAAUAAAACACUCCUGCUCGUUUAUUAAACAAUACAUUAUACACGUAUAUUAUAUGUAUAUUAUAAUUAACCUUUUUAUAAUAAAUAAUACAUUUCCAUAACUCUGUUAUUUUAGCCAAAGAGAGUGUGUAUGUCUCUUCGAAAGGUAACAAAGCAAUAAAAUAAAAUGGCAUGAGAAAUUUGAAACUAAUACAGUAAUAGAGUUUUUACUUUAAAUUCAUAAAUCCAUAGUAUAUGCACAUUAUUCCAUAUACUAUACAUCCAACGUAUAUGGAAAUUGCUAUUACUAAUUUCCAUACUAUUUCCAGCUAAAAUUCAUAGUAAUUUCUAUAGAAAGAAUUUUGAAGAAUAAUGCCAGUGUUUUAGGCGUGCUUAAAAAGUUUGCUUUCAAUUUUAGGCGUGCGACUUGUUGGUGGUUCUCACAAUGCGGGACGGGUGGAGGUUUACUAUAAGGGUCAAUGGGGAACAGUUUGUGACGAUAGUUGGGACAUAAAUGAUGCUCGUGUUGUCUGCAGACAACUUGGUUUUCAAAAUGCCGUGGCUGCUUACCAAGGUGGUAAUUUUCGCGAUGGGAGUGGACGAAUAUGGCUUGACGAUGUUCAAUGUGGAGGUUAUGAGUCAUCGUUAUUUUCCUGCAGACAUUCUGGCUGGGGAAAUCACAACUGUGGUCACUAUGAAGACGCUGGUGUUCGCUGUAGUGGCACUGGAGGUAAGAAUACAUUAAAAGUAUGACAUUUGUGAACAUGCAGCAGAAAAUAAAAAUGCAGUUAAUAAUCUGUGUUUUGGGGUUGGAAAUCAUGAUUGUACUCUUCAAGAAGUUUUGGGGUUCGCUGUAAUAACACUGCAUGGAGGUUAAAGUGAAUGAUAAAAAAUGGAGUCUGUAACAUACAACAAUUAAGCAACAAAAUUGUCAUUUUAACUUCUUGUCAGGUGUUAGUAGCCUAAUACUAUUUUGAUUUGUGUAAAAUACCAGGUAUACAUUUAGAAUAUUGCGAAGCUUUUGAUCUGUAAGCCCGGAUCUUCAUCAGUGCAAACAAUAUAUCCUGGUGGUGAGGUGGUGUCUUACCCAAUCAAAAACAUAUAUUGUCGCCAUGCAAACUUACAAAGAACUUAAUUUAGAACUAUGACAGACGGCUAUCUAGCCUAAAGUUAAGUUAGUUUAGUUUAGGUUUCCUCCUGUAGUGUGACACUGGAUCAAUAAGAGAUGAUCCUUACUGGAUCUCUAGAGAGAACAGUUUGGAACUUAUAGAGCUAACCAGUAUACAAUAAAGUAAGUUCAGGUUUCCUCCUGUAGUAACACUGAGUGGAUCAAUAAGAGAUGGCACUUAUACCGAACCUCUAUAGGGAGAACAGUUUAGAACUUAUAGAGCUAUCCAGUAUAAGGGCCUAUAAGUAAAGUUGGUUUAAUUGAGCGGGUUGCCUCCUGUAGUAACAUUGGAUCAAUAGGGGAUGAUCCUUAUUGGACCUCUAGGAAAAACAGUUCAGAACUGAUAGAACUAUCCAGUAUAAAUAAAAUUAGUUUAGUUUAGAUUUCCUCCUAUAGUAACACUGGAUAACCCUUCAUUUAUUUUUUGCAGGACAUUCCGCCAUAAAAGCUUCUCCAACUGUAAAUGUUCAAGGUAAAUUUAAUAUACGUUAAAUCCAAAUAACGAAUUGUUGAUGGGGCUAAAUGAAAUGAGAAAAAAAGUUAAAGUGCCCAUGAGUAUAACAAUAUUUUAUUAUUGCAUUGUAGAGUAGUACUCUGCAAUGCAACAAUAAAAUAUUGUUAUAUACUCAGGCACUUUAACUUGUUUGUUCUCAUUUCAUUUAAAGAGUACUGAAAAGAGCAAUAAAAAUUAAUUUAUUAUAUAAACAUAAGUGUUAUAUACCGGGUGGCCCAAAAAAAAGUACUCCUGUUUGAUUCGUAAUAACUUCUAAACAAGUAAAGUUUUUAAAGAGAAAUAACUUGCAUUAAAUAGAGGAAGGACUAACUUAGAUUUUGAUAUAUUACAGUUGUAUUUAACUUAAAAAUUCACGGAUAUAUUAAUGUUAAAAAUGGGGAGCAUAUUUUGGAAUGUGUCUAAAAUUAGCGAAAAUCGGUAUAUCAAAUAUUAACUCCAGCGUUUGUUUGCUUAAUGACAUAUUAGGCUAACUUGUAUUUCAGCGAAUUAUCGUUAAGGUUUGUAAGGGAUAUGGCGUAGAUUUAGACAUCUUACAUGUAAGUCUUAGCUCAUUGUUUCCUGAAAUAUGAACGUUCGGAAUUAUGCAAGUAUUUAAUAUUAGGUCUUUGCAAACUUAAAUGUACAUGAAAGACUGACCAUGGAAGGCAGGCGCUUAAAUUUUUCGUAUUCUUAAAUAGCCUAAUUUUUUUAUGCUUUUAAUGGGUUCAAACAGACUGAGUAGAUUAUUUCUCGGUUAGAGCAGGAUGAAUAUUCUUUAUUGAAGGAAAUAAUAUUGCUUUUUGCAAAUACACAUCACCGUAUCAACGCUACUAUUUUGUUACGUUCUGUUCCAAAAAUGUUGCAUGUCUCUGGGGAGUUGCUUAAUUGUUAUGUCUUAUGGAGUUGUAUGGUUUGAUUGUGUUUCAUAUAAUUCUCAGUUUACUCCAUGAACUUGCCAAGAAUAAGAAACGGCAAAAGAGUUUGGGUGUUCUUAACAAGAUUUCAGAACGUUGCAGAAGUUAGAAGAGCUUCACAAUUCCGUUGUGACAGCAUGCCCUAAUUCAGAACUACGAACGAUCCAAUGACGAUCCCUCGCGAUGCAGUGGUCUCAUGAAAUAAGGAAACGUAUUCGUGCUAGGAACACACGCGAAUUUCGGACGAAUGAAUCUUGCUUGUAUUUUGUAGAUAUAAUAAUACUUUGUUUCAUAAUAAACAAUUUGUCAAGUGUCAUUUAUUUACUGGUAAUAGUGCAUGUUUCAGUCGGGCAAAUCUUGAUUAAUAUUUGAUACGCCGAUUUUUGCAUAUUUCAGACACAUCCAGAAAUAUCCUCCCAAAUUUAAAGAUUAAUAUCUCCGUGAAUUUUUAAGUGAAAUACAACUGUAAUAUAUCAAAGUCUAAGUUAGUCCUUCCUCUAUUUGAUGCAAGUUAUUUCUCUUUAAAAGCUAUACUUGUUUAGAUGUUAUUACGAAUCAAACAGGAGUACUUUUUUUUGGGCCACCCGGUAGAGUUCUUGGCCACUGAGAAAAAUCGUAUUUAAACAGACGUAAAAAAUACGAUAUUUUUACGUGUGAAAAUAUCAUUUGUUGUAAAACGCAUUGCCAAGGACGUUUUAUUGUUUUUCACUGAAUUUUGUUUAUAUAAUAAACAGAAAAAUACAUGGGUGCUUGGAAAUACCAGAUUUAAUAAAUCUGGUAUUUCCGCGCACCCAUGUAUUAUUCUCUAUAUCUCUUGCAAAAUAAUAGUAUAUGCAUGUCAGUUGGUCAGUAUUGUAUUUUGUUUAUUAUAUUUCUCCUUGUUCUGGACAGCAACACAAAGUUUUUGUCAGUACUGGCAAUUCAGUUGUGACAAUGGACAAUGUGUUAAUUCUGGAUAUCAAUGUGAUGGAUGGAGACAGUGUUCGGAUGGAAGUGACGAAUGGUAUUGUGGUAGGUAGUUGUCAUUUGUUAUGCUGGUUUAACAAACCUUGAGUUGGUAGAGAUGCAACUACUUAAAUAAUACAUGCAGGGAGAAAUUCGACGUUUCGAGCGAACGCCCUUCGUCGGAAAAUUAGUGGCCAAGACUUUGAGACAGGCCAUCAAACUUCCUACCAUUACGCCACCAGCGGACAAGCUAACUUCCAGACGAAGCGCCUUCGCUCGAAACGUCGAAGUUCUCCCUAUAUUUUUCAGAUAGUUGCAUAGAUAUCCCUAUCAACUCAAGUUUUGUAAUUAUUGACACUACCUACACUACUGUUUAAGACUGGCUUCCCUGUUCUUCAACAACUGGCUUUCAAACCUUUUUGACUUUUGACCGUGGCCUGUUUAGCUCAUGCACACCGCAUUAAGAAGACACUCCAUAAACGAUUAUUGCGUUCAGUGCGUUGUAUGUCUGAUUGAUAUUGUGUAUGCCUAUAAUAGUCUACACUGGAAAAUCAAUUGAAAGUAAAAAAAAAGAAAGUAUAUCAACAAAAUAUGACCACAUUUUGAAAAUAGACAAUACUAGCUCACGUUGUUUAUACACACUUUGGACAGGUGUUCUUUUAGUUCAUUUCGUCUUUUUAAUUUUGUUACAUUUCUAAACUCAGACUCAAUUUUUUUAUCAACAUUGAGGGUCUCAAUCUCCUUAUCAGUAUAAGUAAAGGUAGUUUAAUUGAAGUUUCCUCCUGUAGUAACGUUACUGGAUCAAUAAGAGAUGCUCCUUACUGGACCUCUAGGAAGAACAGUUUAGAAAUGAUAGAGCUAUUUAGUAUAUAUAAAGUUAGUUUAGUUUAGAUUUCCUCCUGUAGUAACACUGAAUAAAUAGGGGAUGAUCCUUACUAGAUCUCUAGGAAGAACAGUUUAGAACUGAUAGAGCGGCUAUCCAGUAUAAAUAAAGUUAGUUUAGUUUAGGUUUCCUCCUAUAGUAACACUGGAUAACCCUUCAUUUAUUUUUUGCAGUACAUUCCGCCAUAACACCUUCUCCAACUAUAAAUGUUCAAGGUAAAUUUAAUACGUUAAUUCAAAUAAAGAAUUGUUGAUGGGGCUAAUUGAAAUGGCAGCAAACAAGUUAAAGUGCAUGAGUAACGAUAUUUCAUUAUUGCAUUGCAGAGUACUAAAAAGAGCAGUAAAAAUUAAUAUCUCUUGCAAAAUAAUAGUACAUGCAUGUCAUGCAGUUGGUCAGUAUUGUAUUUUGUUAAUUAUAUUCAGUAGCGUAGCCAACCCGACGAUUUAGUCUUGCUAUGCAAAUAUUUUCGUGUUCAUUGACUGUGAAAAUAGUCCAUUUCUAAAGAAAUGAAUAAUGAUAAUAAUUUUGAAUUUGCAUAGCGGGACUAAAUUGUUUGGCUGGCUAUAUACGCCACUGAUUAUGUUUCUCUUUUUUCUGGACAGCAACACAAAGUUUUUGUCAGUACUGGCAAUUCAGUUGUGACAAUGGACAAUGUGUUAAUUCUGGAUAUCAAUGUGAUGGAUGGAGACAGUGUUCGGAUGGAAGUGACGAAUGGUAUUGUGGUAGGUAGCUGUCAUUGUUAUAAGACUAAGACUGGCUUAAACAAAAGUUGUAGAGAUAAAACUACUUAAAGCAUACAAGAAGAAGACAUUUGAGACAGGUCAAACUUCCUACCAUUACGCCACCAGCCGACGAACUAACUUCCAGACGAAGCGCUUUCGCUCGAAACGUCGAAGUUCUCCUUAUAAUUCCAGCUAGUUGCAUCCCUAUAUCAUCUCAAGUUUUGUAAUUAUUGGCACUCAUAGGCGUACGAGACAGGGGGCAGGGGGGCAACUGCCCCCCCCCCCCCACCCCCGCCAAAAAAAUUUUUGGAAAACCAUGAAAAUUCGGGCAAAUGCUAGGAAAAAGUAAAGAAAAUUCGGGCAGAUUUAUCACAAAAUAGGUUAAAUUCAGGUAAUUUGAUUACAAUUCUCCAAAAAAAUGCGGACAAACUUUCGACUGCCCCCCUGGAAAGCAUCAGCCCCGUACGCCUAUGCAAUGGCACUACCUACACUACUGUUUAAGACUGGCUUCCCUGUUCUUCAACAACUGCUUUCAAACCUUUUUGACUUUUGACCGUAUCCUGUUUAUUUCACACCACAUUGGUGGGACACACUAUAAUUUCACCGAGAAAUAUUUAAAUUAAUACACUUUUAGUACACUUUUAAAGAGAGCGCAAGCUGUCGUGCGCGGCGCGGUGACUUUCCAGUUGUUUAUGUACGAUUAUCGGCGUUGUAUGUCUGAUUGAUAUUGUGUAUGCCUGUAAUGGUCUAAUCUGGAAAAUAAAAAUAAAAAAGAAGGUAUACCAACAAAAUAUGACCACAUUUUGAAAAUAGGACACGGACAGGUGUUCUUUUUGGUGGUUCAUUUCAUCUUUUUAAUUUUGUUAAAUUUGAAAACUCAGUCUCAAUCUCUUUGUAAACAUUGGGACCUCGGUUUCCUCCAAAAUAAUCUGAAUAUUCAAAAAUCGCUGCUUAAAGGCGUAUGUGUCGUGACAAUAAAAGUCAGCAUAUAGGCGUAUAUCCCCAUUCCUCAGAAAUGUAGUUCAUCUAAAAUAACAGGAAGUAAAAUGUACGUAUAGGCAUACACACUGUGUUGCUCUUUUACUUCAUCUGUAUAGAUUUUAUACAACAAUAAACAGUUUUUCAAUUAAAAAGGUAAAAUUCCAAUGCCACAAUACGGGCAAAGGACCAAAAAAAUAAAAGCCCUUUUCCACUCAAAAUUAAACCAACUCGCCAGCUCGCUGCGAGUACUUUCGUCCAAUAAUAAUGCUUGACAGUGUCAAGUUAUUGACAGCGCUUAUAUGCGUGAGAAUAGAAUGUAUCACAAUUUUUUUUUCUUUCAGCACGACCAACAACCUGGAGACCAUGGACAACAUCAUGGCCCACCUGGCUACCAUCACGGAACACAUCAAGAUAUUGUCAGUACCAACAGUUCCGCUGCAGAAAUGGUCAAUGUAUUCAUCAAUCUUAUGUGUGUGAUGGUCGAUAUCAUUGUUCUGAUGGUAGUGACGAAGGCUGGUAUAAUUGUCCUGGAACAUGUUAGUUUUUAACUUAUCGGAGGUUUUGUUGACUUUGCCCCCCCUCCCCCCCCCCGUUCAAUGUUGCGAACAACACCGAAACAACUUUUGAUAAUAUACCAUGAUACAAGCUCAACAUUGAGUUUUGGGAGCCGGGGUUUAAGAAUGGCAACAUGAUGCGCUGUAUAUCUUAUGCGCUGUAUAUCUUAUCAGAGAGGUUCAGAUUUCACUUCCGCUACCGCUAUCCCACACUGGCUUAGUACACAUCUGAUUGGUUAAUCGGAUAUAUCAAACGCAUCUGAUUGGUUAAUCGGAUAUAUCAAACGCAUCUGAUUGGUUAAUCGGAUAUAUCAAACGCAUCUGAUUGGUUAAUCGGAUAUAUCAAACGCAUCUGAUCCUCUCUAUUCACAUCGUGUAUGCUCUGUUGUCUACAGUGACAAAUCAAAAUCAAAAUAAGAAAGUUUACAGCCGUGCGGUACUAACUGUACCAAAUUUUAUUUAAUUUCGUUGAAUCACUUUUGAGAUAUUAGACUUUAAUUAUUCUUUUUGCUGGCAUCCUUAAGCACAACCAGUGACGUCAUAACACAAUAUAAUCAAAAUACAAAGCGCCCGGUAACUUGGGAAUGAGAUGAGCUGUGAAUAAAUUGCUCAGGCCAUUCUUCAUCAUUUUUAUGGUACUUUUAAGUGAUGCAUAAAAAUUGGGGGAAUAUUUUCAUGUCAUGUGCACUUUAAGCUUGAAAUAACAAACUGAAGGAAGAACAUCGAUGCCGUUCUUUCAACUAUGACACAUAUAACUUGUACAUAUUGGUAGACAAAUUUCAAACGUUUAUCACACGAAGUUUGCGUAUCUUGAUAAAGCACUUAUAGAACUAGCCGGCAACGAAUUUACAGGAAACGAAUUUCGAUUAUUGAAUGUUCGCAGGUUAUUAUAAAACUCAAGUUUUACUAACUGUGCAUUAGCGCAUGCGUAAAAUAUGUGAGAGAAUAGAGUGGUAUCACAAUUUUUGCUCUUUCAUAGCACGACCAACAACCUGGAGACCAUGGACAACAUCAUGGCCCACCUGGCUACCAUCACGGAACACAUCAAGAUAUUGUGAGUACUGGCAGUUCCGCUGCAGAAAUGGUCAAUGUAUUGAUCAAUCCUAUGUGUGUGAUGGUCGAUAUCAUUGUUCUGAUGGCAGUGACGAAGAUUUCUGUAAUUCUACAGGUUAGAUUUCAACUUCUCGGAGGUUUUGCCGGCACUACCUUUUUGCUGCCGGAUAUGUUUCACUCUCUGCGUGAGCCGCUGUAUGUUUAAAGAAAAUCCAAAUUAAUUAAUUCGCUCAUAGUUAUUAUUUGUUUUAAAGUUUCACUUGCAAGAUUUGAAGAAACUUUGUUUUAAAGUUGUUUUAAUAAAUGUUUAAUUUUAGGUGUACGACUUGCUGAUGGUUCUCACAACGCAGGAAGGGUGGAAAUUUAUUAUAACGGCAGAUGGGGAACAGUUUGUGAUGAUGGUUGGAACAUCACAGAUGCUCGUAUUGUCUGCAAACAGCUUGGUUUUCAAGAUGCCGUUGCUGCUUACAGUCGUGCGUAUUUUGGCCAAGGCACUGGACAGAUUUGGAUGGACGAGGUUGGAUGUAGAGGGAAUGAGUCAUCGCUAUUUUCAUGUAGACAUAAUGGAUGGGGAUAUCAUGAUUGUGAUCACAGUGAAGACGCUGGUGUUUACUGUGGAAGCACAGCUGGUAAUGUUAAAAAUUCUGAGACUACGAUCAACUUCGGAAUGGACAAAUAUUGACACAAUCGUUGUUAUUUUUUAGGAUGGAACAUGACAACGCCAUGGCCAACAUGGCGACCAACGAAUGCAUCAAGGCAUUGUCAGUACUGGGAAUUCCGCUGCAGAAAUGGUCAAUGUAUUGAACGAUACUCGUUAUGCGACGGUGGUUAUGACUGUUAUGAUGGAAGUGACGAAGACUGGUAUAAUUGUCCUAGAACAUGUUAGUUUUUAACUUAUCGGGGGUUUUGUAUUGUCGUGUACCUUCCUGUGGUGACCUCCAAGUUAUCUGCGCUGUAUGUCUUAAUAUACAGAGGCUCAGAUUUGACUUCCACUACUACUACCUCUCACUGGCUUAGUACGCAUCUGAUUGGUUGAUCGGAUGUAUCAAACGCAUCUGAUUGGUUGAUCGGAUAUAUCAAACGCAUCUGAUUGGCUAAUGGUUCUCUAAUAGUAGCGGUAAGGGAAGUCGAACCUGAACCUCGCUAUUCACGUCGUGUGUGCCCUAUUUAUUGCCUACAGUGGCAAAUCAAAAUCAAAAUAAGAAAGUUUACAAACAAAAUGUCUCGAACGAUCUGUGCCAGUGUAAGAGAGAUACAACCAUGACCGGAUUUUGAGGGGAGGUGGACACUUUCCUUGAGAUUGGUUUGCACUUCCCCUGAGAUUUUUUGCACCUUCCCUGAAAUAUCAUCCACCUCUCCUUGGGAAAUGUUAAAUGAUAGAUCAAAGUGAAUUUUUUAUGCGUACGUUACUUAGAGUCUACACUUGAGAAACUGGUAGCUAUUCAUUAUCUCUAUAUUAGGUGCUCUUUUAAUGGAAUUAACUUUGCAGUAAUGUAAUGAAGAGCAGUAUUGGAUGAAUCGUACAGUCAUAAUUUAUAAAUACACUGAUACAUAUGUACAGUGCAUGCAUACGUCAUGUAGUGGCUUUUCCAGGGUACAUUGCUACAUUCUCAGUCCUAACAUUUCAUGGGGGCCGUGGACUAGACGCUGCACCUCCCCUAAAUAUAUUUCCACCUGCCCCAGAAUUUCCACCAAAAUCCAGCCUUGGGUACGACUACCUGAAUCAAGCAGAACUUUAGAGUUCGAAGUUCUGCUUUAAACGUGCGACUGAAGGUGAAAUUAUUAUCAGAUAAUACCAAUCCCUGUAGCCAUGAAUAAUUAUUGCUUAAUUAACAUCGCAAUCCAUGUUUGCUUUAUAUAGUAUGGAACACAACAGCAAUGUGGACCACAAAAGCAGCGCCAACAACAUCUCGUUAUUGUUUACCCUGGGAAUUCCGGUGCAGAAAUGGCAGAUGUAUCAGCAAGGGUAACGUUUGCGACAAUUAUGACAACUGUGGAGACGGCAGUGAUGAACGCCGCUCAACUUGUCGAGGUAAUGUCGUCAGAUUAGAAAGAUAUCUUGUAGAUAUAGGUAAAAAUUACGGGACUGAUUUUGAACAAUGAUUCGCAAUAUAGAUUGCAAUAUAGAUUGAAUAAUUUUUUAACAAUGAUUCGCCGUAUAGACUCGGCAGCCUGUCACGAUGCAAAUCGUCGUUGAAAAUAGUUCCGCGUAAAAUCAUUCAACAGAUAUAUAGAGGAUAUUACACAACGGCGCGAAGAUUUGACUUUUAUCUUCGAGUGGUGAAAAUAAUAUUUUACGAACGAGCGCAGCGAGCGAGUAAAAUAUUGUUUUUAACACAAGGGCUUACUUCUCAUCGUGUCAAGCCAUCAGGGAGGCAAAUCAGAGUAGCGCUGUUGAAAAUUUAUUUUUUUUCAGCUAACUUGACCGUUUGUCAAAACAAGUUGGAUCUUGGUUUUAUAUUGGACAGUUCUGGUAGUGUUGGACAACAUAACUUUGAACGAAUGAAACUAUUUGUCAAAGAUCUUACAGACUUCUACAAGCUAGGGUCAGAAGAGACACGAGUCUCCGUAAUGUCGUUUUCAGACUCUGCAAACAUUCAUAUUGCGUUCUCGGCAUAUUUUUCGGAUAAAAACCGGUUUGACUCGGCCGUGGAUAGGAUUCAGUAUAAUGAUGGAGGAACUGCCACAGGAAUGGCGUUAAAUAUGGCAUACAAUGAUAUGUUUACGUCACGUAAUGGAGCGAGGAGCUCAGGUAAAGACCUGUUUAUAUGAACUCCCAACUUUUCAGUUUUCCUUUGUGGUCGUCCCCCCCCCCCUGUUCAUGCGAGAGACGAGCCGCCCAUCUUAGAGACAUCAUAUCUCAGCGAGAUCUCAGUCACCUAACCGGGAUGGACAUUUUAGCCAAUUUUAAGGCUAAUUUCCUCUCCGGAAAUAAGCAGGGGAUUAGACCGAAUCGGAGCUUUUUCCGAUCCAUCAAUUCCAGUAAAAAGACAAGUUGAAAUGAUCAGAUCGGAAAAGGAAAAAAUGAAGCUUGGUAUUAUUUAAUUAUUUAAAUUUAUGAGAUUAAUACGGCAUUUUGAAUAUUUUUUAUUGGUUGCCAGAUUUAAUCCGCGGGAUUGGACCCCCUAAAAAGUUGAAAAUAUUUCAACUUUUUAUUUGGAUCAAUCGGAACCAAAAAUUUCUACUGAAGGCGCAUGCGCGGAUUUGAUUUUGUUCCGGUUCGGUCCGAUCCGCUGCUUAUUUUCCGGAGUGGAAAUUAGCCUUAAAUCUAAAAUGAGUUGGAAGCAGUAAUAGCAAACUAUGAUGAUCAGCCCUCUUCAAAAUGUGAUGUCAAAUCAUUUUCAGAGGCUUCUGUGUGGGGUUGACAUUUUGCUUUUGGGAAAAUUACCAAUAUUCGAAAUAAAUAAAUCCUUAAAUUUCAGUCUUAAUUUUCUUAGAGUUCAAGAAAGUUUUGGUGAUCCUGACAGACGGCCGCAGUAACACAGGACAGGUCAGCGGACCAGCUCGACAACUGAAGAACUCCGGUGUUGUGAUAUUCAGUGUGGGGAUAGGGGAGAGUGGUUUGUCCAUGCACGAAUUGCAAGUUAUGGCUUCGGAUCCAGUUGAUCAACAUGUUAUCACUUUAAGCAACUUUUCCCAACUACCAUGGCUUGCUGAACAGAUGUCUUCUCAGACUUGUAAUGGUGAGUUUUGUAUACACUAUUGGUGGUGAUGGGGGCGCUGCAGGUGAUGAUGGUGUUAGGAACGGUGAUGAUGGUGGUACUGGUGAUGAUGAUGGUUGAUGAUGGUGGUUGAUUAUGGUAGUGAUGAUGAUUAUGAUGGUGGAGAUGAUGAUGGUGAUGAUGAUCAUUAUUAUCAUGGUCAGGGCAGGGAAAAAGAAUUUUCUUCCUGGGAGCACAACCUGGAGACAAAAAUUUCUUGCAGAUCAACGGAGUGUUCUAGCUGACCAUGGUUUUAAAUUCAAGGAAUAAUGUCUGUCAACCAUAUGUUGUUGUGCCCAUAGUGGGACACGGGUGUUAAGGUUUCCUUCAAAUUGUCAAAAGCAAAUCUUCAUUCAAAGCAAUUUCCUGCAGCUGUUUAACAUUUCCUGCGAAUAGUGCUCGGUUGCUCGCAUAUUUUUCCAACCCUGAUUGUGGUGAUGAUGAUGUUAGUAUGGUGAUGUGAUGAUGGUGUUGGGAAAGGUGGUAAUGAUGGUUGAGAUGGUGAUUAUGGUGAUGAUGAUGAUCAUCAUCAUGGUGGUGAUAAUGAUGAUGUUAGUAUAGUGGUGUGAUGAUGGUGGUGGUAAUAAUGAUCGUAGUGAUGUGAUAAUAAUGGUGAUGAUGAUGACGAUGAUAGUGCUGAUGAUACUAACAAUAACGUUGUUUCCAUUUUUUUAGCAUCUCAUUUCCAAGUGUUCUGCGACAAUGAUUACAUGACAGCUGUAUUCGACCGAGCAGAUCUUCCAAAACACUUGAAUGUCGACCGCCUGUUUCUCCGAGACCGAUAUUGUAGGGCUGAUUGGAACUCGACUCACGUCAUUGUGAAAACUCCGCUGACAGGCUGUGGAACUAUUUUCUGGAAAAACGAUCAAACUCUCUUCUUUAGGAACGUUCUUUCUGAAGAAGGUGGCAGCCGCGGAUUUGGUGUCAUUACUAGAGAUUAUUUGUUCAGAGCAAACUUGACCUGUGCCUAUCCUCGAAAACGUACGGUGGGAUCUUUCAGUUUUGCUCCGGCGAAACAGAGAGUGUUUGUGAAUGUGGGUAAGUAUGUUAGUUUAAUAAUAAUCGCCCAGUGUGUGAGUACAUGUGCCAUUCACAUCAGAAUUCGAUUCCUAGUAUGUGGAGUUGUCCAAGUGAGAAGAGUUCUUCUAGUUUGACUCUACCAAACAUCGCAGGUUUUCUUCAGGUAAUCCGGUUUCCUCCUGUAGUAACACCGGAUCAAUAAGGGAUCACCUUUCUUGGACCGCUAGGUGGAACAAUUUAGAAGUAUCUUAUAUAAAUAAAGUUAGUUUAGGUUUCCUUCUGCAAUAAUAUUAGGCCAGUACGAGAAUUUAUUAACUUUACAAUCAUACAAAAAUUUUAACAAUGAUUGAAGGUAUGGUCAACAGGACAUGAGUCCCAUGUGAAGACCAACCUGAUACAAUACAAUAAGUAGACAUACAUUAAAGACAAGGACUAGAACACUAUUUACAUAGCUAUAUAAAAAUUAAUAGUUUAGAUUAUGAGCAACAGCUUAAGUUGAAAGAACGGCAUUUAGAGCAGUAGGUUUUCCAAGUGCGCAUUCUGUUAACAUCGAAAGAAGAGUCUAAUUGAGAAGUGUAGUGAGAAUGGAGCUGGAACUUAAAGGAUGAAACAGACGAACUGUUACGAAUGAUUGUAGCGAGAUUGUUCCAUAGAAAGACAAUUCGGUUAAAAAAAGAGUUUCUAAAAAGAGAGGUUUUGCACGGAUUGACUUGAAGCAAGUUGAACGAGUGCGAGAUGAGCGAUUAGAAGAAAAGGUCACAAAAGAGGAGAUAUCUAGGUCGUAGAGACCUUGUUUGCAUUUGAAAAAAAAGAUGAGAUCCUUUAUUUCAAGCCAGUAAGAUAUAGGCAAUAAAUUAAAUUUCCAAAGACGCUCAAUAAAUUAAGUUUCCUAAGAAGGCCCUUGCUGAACCUCUAGGAAUUAAGAACAGUUUAGAACUGCAUGACAGAGCUAUCUAGUAUAAAUAAAGUUAGUUUAGUUUAGAUUUAUUUUUGCAGUAACAUUGGGAUAAUAAAAAAUGGCCGUUACUGGACCUCUAAAAAGAACAUCUUAGACAACUGAUAGAUCUAGCCUUAUUUUAUCACGAUAUAUUGACAGCAUCAGGCUGCCGGUUAUUCAUGUUUGAAGGGAGUAAUUGUAAAUAUAGUGAAUUGUUUGCUUCGCUUGUAACAGCUGUUAAAGCUCGAAAAUAAAUUCUGAUUCUGACGAUACGAAACAGAAUGCUAUAACCUCAGGCUUUGCCAUUCGUCUUUGUAAGGAACAAUAUGUGAAGUUUGUCCGAAGGAUUGAUUCGCCAGUUUAAAUCAUCUAAACACAAAUGAAUUAUCAAACUAACUGUCUUUUUUUUCCAAGUUCGUUUUAAUGGAUCAUCCGUCUGUUAUCAAAAGAUAAAUUAUCAAAAAGGACUAUCAAUAUAUACUUUCCUUGUCCAAGUUUGUCCAGACUGAUCAUCUAUCUCUAAUUUUAAAUCACUCUCUAGGUGGUCAAGGCAAUUUCUCGCUUAUAAUGGAUGUCUUCAAGGACAUAGAUUAUCGCCAGCCAUACGCAUCACAAGACUACCCUGUGUUUAAAUCUCUGUCAGAUAAUCUUUACAUUCAGUACUCUAUCAACACCAGUAAUCCGAAUCUUGUCGUGCGCGCAGAAACGUGUAGAGCGACGCCCACCAACAGACCUUACGACACUCCACAAUACGUCUUUAUUGCUGACGGGUAAGGAGAACAAUUACAUUACAGUUACUAUAAAAUAUAAUUAUGAGAUACUUUAUAAGAAGAUUAUAAGGAAAUAAGGGUAAUUAACCGUAUUUGUCAUACCAUUGAGUCAAAUCUGCUUCUGUAAAUUGCGGAUAAGUUAUCCUUAACUUGAUUGGCGAGUACCUUGUUCAACCUUUCUCUGAAUUGAUGUGUUUGAAAACUCAUCCACCCCCUACUUUUGGUACAUUAGUUUAAGAAGAAGUUGAUUUAUUUGGGGGUUCAAUAUUAAAAGUAGUCUCGUCUUGACGUGCCUUAAUUUAAUUUUCUUAAUUAAAAUUGUGGACAAAUUUAAGUUAUUUACCCUUUCCAAAUAAAUUUCAUAAUUUCCAUAUCUUAUUUCAGUUGCGACAAAGAUGAAACGAUUCGCCAUUACUCAUACGGAAUGAGUUCUGUCCAGCGUUUUAGCAUGCAGGCAUUCCGCUUCCUGUCAGAACAUCGCUUUGUCUACCUACACUGUGACCUGGUGGUGUGUCAUAGGUAUGACUACAACUCCACCUGUGCGCGAAGUACUUCAUGUUCCAGACGUUAUCGUCGUGAUGCUGAUCAGCAGUCAGAAGAUGUAUCUGGUAUGUAUGCACUGUCGUUUGGCCCAGUGAUGAAAGGGAAGGAGUCCGCUGACAAGAGUGCUGGAGGUGAGUAUCACAGGCUCAUAAUAUUAAGCAGUCCAACAACAAGGGUACAUACGACUUCACAAAAUAUGACGUGAUCAGACAGCGAUCAAAC